GAAAUGUGCAUUUAAAACAUGGAGCUGUUGUGGAUGUGGACGCGUGUUUUGGGCUCUCUGAUGUUAGCGGAAAUCUUGUGGACACUACCCAUUGAUGAGGAUCACCAGCUGCGGCCUGAGGACGUGGAGCUGGCUGAGGACUACCUCAGGAGAUUCUACAGUCUGAACCUCAGAGACAGAGUGCAUGUAGCUCCAGUGAGAAGGAGCCGGUCUGUGCCAGCCAUGGAGGAGAAAAUCAGAGAAAUGCAAAAGUUCUUUGGUCUGCGGGAAACGGGAAAGCUGGACUCUCAUACUCUGGAUGUGAUGAGGGAGCCAAGGUGUGGUGUUCCAGAUGUGGACAACUUCAGUUUCUAUCCUAAUGAGCCUAAGUGGAACAAGUACACCAUCACAUACACGAUAGCCAGAUAUACUCCAGAUAUGAGGAGAGAGGAUGUGGAGAAGUCCUUCCAUUCAGCCCUGAAAUUGUGGAGCGAUGCAGCUCCACUGAGGUUCAUCAAAGUCAGCCAUAGCAAAGCUGACAUAGUCUUCUCCUUCGCACGCAGAACUCAUGGAGAUUUCUUUCCCUUUGAUGGACCCCGGGGUGUGUUGGCUCACGCCUUUCAACCAGGGGAGGGACUGGGUGGAGAUGUGCACUUUGACGAGGAUGAAACAUGGACGGCAGGGAGGCAAGGUUACAGCCUGUUUGCUGUUGCAGCUCAUGAGCUCGGCCACUCACUCGGUCUGACUCACUCCAGAGACCCCUCUUCUAUCAUGUACCCCACUUACAAACAUCAUAGCAGUGCUCAGUACUCUCUGUCCACAGAUGAUGUACUGGGGAUCCAAACUCUGUACGGCAAGCCGAACAAAAAAGUGGAAACCCAGCCUGCUUCAAAAAAAUGUGACCCCUACUUUUCUUUUGAUGCGGCAACGAUGAUUGACAAUGAGAUCGUUUUCUUUAAGGACAGGUGCAUGUGGAUGAGAACAAUAAAGGCAACUUAUUGGAAUCGCCUGACAGAGGGCCACAGCAGCACGUAUUUACCGGGCAUCAGCUCUCACAUGGAUGCCGCUUAUGACAUCCCUGCCAAAGGCGUGGCGUAUAUAUUCACUGGUCGUAAGUACUGGGUGGUUCAACAGCUUAAGACGAAAAGUCGCUCCGGCUCCAUCUACGAGUACGGAUUCCCGUCCAGAGUGAGACAGGUUGACGCUGCCGUGCAUGUCAGUGAAUAUGGGAAAACCGUGUUCUUCGUAGGAGAGUUUUAUUACAGAUACGAUGAGAGCAAGAAACAGAUGGACCCUGGCUUCCCCAGACUGAUCCAAAAGGACUGGCCUGGAAUCCCGAGGAGUGUUGACGCUGCGUUUAAGUUGCAUGGUAGCAUCUUCCUGCUCAGCGGGAAAAAAUCCUACCAGUAUGAUGUCAAACAAAAACGGGUGGUGAAAAUAAUUCCAGGAAAUUCUUGGCUUGGAUGUUGAUACAGCAACAUACAGAGAUAUGUGUACUUUUAAUAUAUGUCCUUUAUUAGUUAAAAAGACAUCUGAAGAAAUAAGGGUCAUGUGUGUAGUUGUCACUAAUUAUGUAAUUGUUACAGUUUAGUUUUUAGGGCAUAGUGUAUGUGUAACUGUCUGUAAUUAAAUCUCUGUUGUCCCUCUUGA